CAAACACUCUAAUAGCAUCAAUCUCAAUCGAAUGGACAAUCUGCUGUAUUGCCUCCCUUGCCAAUGUUGAGCUCUUCUUCAGUGAAGAUGGGCAAGCCAUCAUCCGUCUUGCCCCGGGGACCGUAAUCGUUACGACCAGUGAAGGCUUUGGUUUCAUUUUUAAGCAUUUUUCGCAUCUUUAUGGUCUCUUCUUGAACUCUUUUUAUUUCCUCUUCUUUAGCUUUCUCUUCUUCCUCCUUUCUAACUUUUGCCUUCUUAGCUUUAUUAAAUAUAUUAUCCACAAAUGCUUUAUCCUUCUUUAAUUUCUUCUUUCCCCUCUUAUCUUUACCUUUAUCUCCUUUCUUAGUCUUCUCUACUACUUUAGUCUUCUUGACCUCUGAGGAGGCAGACUUUUGGGGCUCAAUUUUAGUCUUCAUUUCAAUAUUUAUAUAA